AUGUCUGCCUCACCAACUCAAGCCGCUGUGCCAACUAGCUCGCCGCCCCCAGCCAACGUCCCCGACGACGGACCCAUCAAUCCUGAUGUCGCCGCCGACGAGACCGACAAUGAGUCUCAGGCGGAAACAGAGAGCAUUCGCACAUCUUCGACCGCGUCUUUGAGCGAAAGUAUUACCGAGUACCGUCGCAUUCAUGGACGUACCUACACCCAGAAGACCGACUACUGGGGCCCCAAUGACGAAAGGCAGAACGAGGGACUGGAGAUUAAUCACUACUGGAUGACCUUGUUCCUUGGCGAUAAACUGUUCCUUGCACCCCUUGGCGACAGCCCUCAGAAUGUUCUCGAUGUUGGUACUGGAACUGGUAUUUGGGCCAUCGACUUUGCCGAUGAGUUCCCGUCAGCCGAUGUCAUUGGCGUUGACAUCUCGCCUAUCCAGCCGGGCUGGGUCCCGCCUAACUGCAAAUUCCAAAUCGACGACAUUGAACAGGAUUGGACCUUCCCCGACUCUCACUUCGACUUUGUGCAUGUUCGAAACAUGGAAGGCAGUGUAUCCAACUGGGUAGACUUCUAUAAGAAGGCCUUCGAGACUAUGAAGCCCGGCGGCUACAUCGAGAUCAAGGAGAUGGAUAUUGAGUGCCGCUCUCAGAUCCAGACUCUUCCCGAGGACCACCCUUUCAAGAACUGGCGCAAGUUCCUUAGCCAGGCUUGUGACAAGAUAGGCAAGAUCCCAAACCAGGUCCACGAUCACGGCAUCGCCAAGGCUCUCCGCGAGGCUGGUUUCAUUGACGUCGUCGAAAAGAAGUGGCCUAUCCCUAUCGGCCCAUGGGCUAAGGAUCCCACGUUGAAGGAGGUCGGCACAUCAUCCUUAGAGUUCCUCGACCAGUCGCUAGAGGGAUUCGGGACAUUUUUACUCAAGGAGAUUCUUGGCUGGGAGUAUGCAGAGGUCAUCGUUUUCAUCAGCGAGAUGAGAAAGGCCCUGAAGGAUACCAGCAUCCAGCCGAUCAUGGAACUGCAUCUUGUAUACGCCCGUAAGCCUGAGCAAGAGGCACCCACAGCUCCUGAAGUCUGA